GGGACUGAAAAACACUAAUAAAUCUGUAUGUAAUGUCAAAAAUCACACCUGGAAGAACAUCCCUUAACUAAUGAGGUUAAUUUAACAGGUUAGUCAAAUGACUGGGUAUAAAAAGGUUUUUUUUUUUAAAGUGGCCGAGUCUCUCAGGAAUAAAAUCGAGGAGAGGUUUGUGAGAGGCUGGGUGAGCCAAUAUUUCAGCAGUUUAUAGUUCCUUAUCAGGGUCAAGGUUUUGGAAGCGACACACUUGAGAUAAGAUAAGAUUGGUUUAUUUGUCACAUGCAGGUUAAACAUAGUCAACAAUGCAGUGAAAUGCCCUGGAUGAGAAGGACCGCAAAUACAAAAGUACAAAUACAAAUAACACGCAUAAGUAUCACACAUAUUGCACAUGAUAUUAAACAGCACAGUUAAGUAGGUUAUCGCACAGGAAAUAAGUUGUAUUGUCAGUGAGCAUUACUCAGUGAGUUGUUUUUUUACUCAGUGCAUGGAUAGGGUGUGUCCUGUCCAAAGGCCACCCCGAAAUGUCAAAUUUUGUCACAAGUCAGAAUGCCUCAGAUGUCAUAAGUUAUGCGGGAGCGUGUCAUUGGCAUGUUGGAUGCAGAGAUGUCCACCAGAGCAGUAGCUGCACGGCUAAAUGUCCAUUAUCGGACCAUAGGCCGUUUAAGAGUCUGUUUCCAACAGACUGGCACUACUGCAAAUCAACCUCAUCCUCGCCGACCACGUGUGAACACUCCAGCACAAGAUCACCACAUCCGGCUCGUCCAUUUGCGGGAUCGGCUAAGACCAGCGACACACACAGCUGAUGAGACUAUUGGUCUGUACAACAGACGCAUCACACCUCAGACUGUCUGUAGCCGCCUACGAGAAGCCAACUUGCACGCUUGGCGCCCUCACCGUGGUCUGGAUCUCACUGCUGUCUGGCGUAGGAACUGACUCGCAUGGGUGAAUGCACAUGUCCGAUGGCCUUUGGUGAUGUGUGCGUGAACGGUUUGUGGAUGCAAAUGUUAUGCCCAGGGUUGCCCAUGGAGGUGGUGGCAUUAUGUUGUGGUCCGGCAUCACGUACGGACAUAGAACACCAUUGCACUUCAUUGAAGGGAAACUUAAUGCACAAAGAUAUCGGGACGAGAUUCUCACCCCAAUUGUUGAGCCGUUUGUGCGGCAGCAUGACAUCACCUUUCAACAUGACAAUGCCCGACCUCAUGUUGCCCGCAUCUGCAUGGAAUUCCCUCAAACAGAGGACAUUGAAGUUCUGGACUGGCCUGCAUAUUCCCCAGACAUGUCCCCAAUAGAGCAUCUUUGGGAUGUUCUGGAUAGGCGUGUCCGGGACCGUGUUCCAGUUCCAGGCAAUGUGGGUCAGCUCCGUGUGGCACUCCAGGAGGAAUGGAAUAACAUUCCACAGGCCACCAUAGACAAUCUGAUCGACUCCAAGAUGUGUUGCUCUGAGAGAAGCAGCUGGCGGACACACAAGAUACUCAAAAAUCAAAUUCCUCAACCUGACCCCGAUCAUGUUUUAUCACGAUGUUAUCAAUGCCGAUAUGAAGAUCAGUGAUUACUAAAAACAUAUUUUGAGUUUCUCUAUAUAUUGCGUAACCCAAAUGUUCAUAAAACUGUUAUAUUUGACAUGGGGCAAAAGCAGAAAAAUGUAGCAGCAAAAUCUCAACAAGCUCUGGAAAUUUAACUGAAUUAGUCUAAAGACACUCCUCCUCUUCAUCAGUCCAUGCUUUUCUUGUCCCUCUGCUGUAUUUUUCUCAAACCUUCUUCAGUUGUUUCUCAGCACCUGCUCCCUUUAUAGGCAUGGAGGUCGAGUCUACAGUUUCUUUGAUUUGGGUUCUUUCAAAGCUUUGUUUAAGGUUUCUGAGUUUAGCUGCAGGCCUGGUGAGUAGACUUUUUUUUCACCUUCAUGAUUUCUGCAGUGUGUCAGCUCUGACUUCAGAGGAGGUGCUGGGCUGUGAUUGGAGGAGGGGGGCGUGUUCUUCACCGGAGGAAUGCAGCGCUCAGGUGGAGAGGGAGAGAGAGAGAGAGAAAGAGAGAGAGAGAGAGAGAGAGAGAGAGAGAGAGAGAGAGCAAAACACGGACACAACAACCCGGCACAUAGUGAACCCAGCACAGCUGACUGCCGGAGCUCUGCCGGCGGCUCUCUCCUGCGCUCUGCCCGCCUUCCUGACGCACUUUGCGCACACAGGACCUGUCCGGACUGAGAGGAAAGUUACGAAAACAGCGAGUGGAGCUACAGACUUGCUGCUACAGGAGAGAGUGAGGCGCGCAGGACCGGGUACAAGUGAAAUCACCUGCCUGGAGGCGACAGUAAGACUUCACUUCCACUUGGAUUAACCUGUGGAGCUCACGUGGAUGACGGCAAGUGGUUAGAAACUGAGGGGCAGAGGAAUUAAACUUCACUUUUUAGUAUCCAAGUCCAGAGGAUGCGUCUUUUUACGCAUCAUGGAAGUUUUUUGCAGGGGAGUUGAGAGGCACAGCUGAGCGUUUUUGGAGAACCCUUCAUCUGAAAGUCUGAAAAAAGUUGGUUUACGUUUUAUUUUUCUAAAAAAGGAGGAGAAGAAAAGAGAAACCCGCAUGUAAGUGAAGGAUAUGGAUGUUGUUCGGGUUGAAAUCCGUGUAUCGGAGCCUGCAGCUGGGAUGCACUGCGCAUCUGCGCUUCGACGUUUCUCACCAUGAUACUGGCACAAAGCUGCACCUGACAACCAAGACCUGAAGCCACCAGGAUCCACUAUGCCCUCUCUACUGACGAGGUAAGACUCUGAGAUAUCCGUGCAGACUGAGAGCUGGAUGGAGCUGUGAUUUACAGUGAGUGUCCUCUCUUGAUGGGAGCUGAUAGAUUUCUGUGACAGCUCUAAGUUUUCCCUUUUUCUCCUGAGUGGAAACUGUCUGUACUCUUCAGGAGGGAAACCGUGGAUGCUUUAAAUAUUUACCUUGAGUCAUUUUGCUUACAAGGAGCUGCAAAGCCUUGAACAUUUUUGCAGUACUGUGAAGGAUGGGAGGUGAUAAAUUCCAGGGACAGUUGAGUUUUUUCUCUCCGGUUUGAAGUUGUUUGUUUUUUAAACUCUCUUUGUUUCAAGGACUGCAGGAAAACUUGGGUCUGAAUCUUUUGUUGGUGUCUCUCUGUGUGAUAUUCUGCUGCAAAAACAGAAGAAAACCUCAAUCUGAAUCAGAAAAAGUGGUGACUAGAGUGUUUUUUUGGGUAGUAAUUAUCAAAAACUUUGACCUGAAGCAGUUUUUAAUCUUGUUUGUGUUUUUUUCUGUCAUAUCCAGUCUGUUACUUCCUGCCAGCAGGUGAGGUAAUCCUCCUCACAGUAUCUGUGAUAUUGCAACUCCUGGCUUUACAUUCUUCCCAUCCUGCUGCUUCACCACCUUUAUCUCCUAAAUGUCACAGCUAAAAAUACGCCGCUCAUAUUUGAUCUAAUCCCAACCCCGCCACAGAGGGCACAAACAUGAGGCCUGGAGAGGCUCACGGUCUCUGCUUCAGCUCUGUCGACUUUAAAACACUUAAAACAGUUUCUUUAAACGACAAAUAUAUAUGUUUGUGAGCUCUGUCGUCCUAAGUUCUAAUAACUGAGAUCCACAUUGGCCUUCUGUGUAUUUAUACGUGGUGUGAAGAUGUGCUGUCAUAUCACACUUUUACCUCAUGGCCUAAAAAUAUCUAAAUAAUAUCACAAUAUUUAUGGAAAACUUAGAAAAAUACGACAAUCAACUUAGGAUAAACUUUUAGCAUUCACAACAGAUUUGUAAAGUCCGUUUUUAGAAGUGCUACAGCUAGCUUGCUGGAUGUCUGCGACUUCUUCUUCGUCUACCCUCUGUCAUUGCCCACUGUGUUGUUUGAUUGUCAAUAGUUAUCAAAACAUCAGUUUUUAAAGAGUGACCAUCUCUUUUAGGACUACUACAUCUAACUAGCUAGCUAACUAGCUGCUGCUUCUUCUUCAUCUCCCCCUAUUUUUGGGGUGGAUGGCAACCAGUUUUUGGAACCACUACUGCCCCCUACCUACAUUUCUCAAUCCCGCCAGGUCUAAGGAUUCAACAGCGGCGGGAUCAUUUGUUGUCCUGUACUGUCAGGUCUCUUUUAGUUUGUAGUUGGGUAGACGCGCACACACGGGUCGAUCCCGCCCUCUUUCUCUACAGACUGUGUUUUUAAUAGACAACUUAAAAGAAGAUAUCACGUUAAUGCACACGCUAAUGACCAUUUGUUCGGCUCUUAAUCUGAUAUAUUUCACUUUAAGUAGUUUGCAUUUACUCUUGUGACUUCUUGCAGAAUUGUUUUGCAUCCUUUCAAAAUAAAAGCUCAUUUGUUAUCAGAGCAGGACAAUAACCCGGGUGUGAGGUUGAGUGACGGUCUUAUGAGGCAAACUUUUCUCCAGACUUAAGUGACAUCCUUUAAAAAUGUUAAAAAAACUUAAAUAUGAAACCAGCCCCAUACAUUUAAAAAAGCAAGGGUCCAGUUUACCCUCCGAUUCUAACCCAGACAACUCAACAGUAAAAAUAUGAACAAUAUUUGGGGCUGGACUCCCAGGUUUUACCUCCGCCUUUGGCUGUUUUUUUUUCUUUCUCUCCCCUGUAUUUCUCUCUCUCUCUCUCUGUGAAAAAAGCCAAAACAUGACAUGUUUUGUUUAUGCAACUCAACAGAUUUCAGUCAAAACACAGCUGUGAUAUCGUCAAGUUUUGCGAAAAUUAUGAGAUUGAUAUCAUUUUUCUCUUACGUGCUCCAAAGAGAGAAAAUGCACCAGUCUGAGAUUUCAUGUGUUAGAGUUUGAUGGUCUGCAUUUGAUGUACAGUGUCAGUAGAGACGUAUCUACUGUCUUUAGGAAAAAGACAGAUUUCGGGAGAAAGAGGUGGGGAGAGUUUUGGCUCAGGGCACAUUUUCUGUCUCGGUGAUAACUCUUUGGAGGAAUGUUUGUUUGGGAAGGAGCCACCAGCCCCAUGAACUGAUUUAAUCUACUUACCAUGGAACACUGAGCAUAUAGCUUCAAAACGAGGACUCUAAUUUGCUGUUACACGCGGUGAUGUCACUCUCUCCUGCGGGGAGGAAUUUCAAUCCUUUUCUUCCCUGUGGAUGUGAAGUCCGAACACCUCAGAGGGAUACCAGUGUUGGAAAAUGACUGCUGAUGAAAAAGUACAAGCUGAAAACUGAGGGGCGCUGAUAUGUACAAGAAAGUCUUUUUAUUUUUUAAAGAUGUACAUCACAGGCUGUUAUAAUAAGCCCCAGAUUAGCUCCUCUAUUCAAGUUAUAGGAGUGAAGUCAACUUUAAAGCUCCUGUGAGUAACUUUCAGUUUGUGUCAACUUUGGUGCCCCUAGUGGACAAAACCUCCUUAAGUGUUUUCUUACAAAAAAUCAAUUCUCAUUUUAUUAUCACGGCGGUCCUUCCCCCUCACAGUCAACAAGAAUUUAGAUCUAUUUUGUAAGCCUUGAUAAGACUCCUCAUAGGAGCUUUCAGUGAAAAGAACAAACAUAAAUGUUUUUUCAAUGUGUAGUUUUUUUUGUACAUUAUUCUGCAUUAAGUGUCUCCAAUUUUCUGCAUGUUUAAAACUGACUCUGAAAGGACUAAAAUGUUGCAGUGAUAACAGAAAUUGAUGCGGCUGUGUUGAGCAGAGUUGAACAUUUUGGCGUAAAAAAAGCAGUUUUGACCUAUAAAGCGUAUUGUAUUCAUUUAAAAAAAAAAAUGCUCUGUUUUUCACAGCAAUUUUUUUCUUUUCUGUUCUUUGGACUAAAUUUUUCUGUUUUUGGAGUAAGUUUUUUUUUUUUGCUUUUCUGUUUUUUGGAAUAUUUUUUCCUGUUUUUCUUAUUUCUCUGUCUUUCAGGCUCAUUGAUUCUUGCAGGAUUUUGAACUGUCUCACUUAGUCAGGGGAAAAAAAAAGUCAGAAAAACAAAAAGACGGAAAAACAGAAUAAAAAUGUGUUUGAAAAACAGAAAGAGGGGAAAAAUAUUUGUAAAAAAACAAGAAAAAAAAGUAAAACAGCGAAGAAAAAACAACACUCAAAAAAACAGUUUCCUUUUUUUAUUUUUAUUUUUUGUAAAUACAGCAAUAGGCUUCUGUACUGUUCGAAUAUAAACUUAAGAUUCUAUCAAAUUCACCUCCUGCUGAGAUUAAAAGUGGACUAAUGUAUCAUGGUGUCAGCAGCUGUACAACUAUCAGGUAUCUACAGGAGGAGAGAGGAGAGCAGGAGGAAGCAGGUUUGCGCAUCUGUAUGUGUGAGAGCCUGAAAAGCCAAAGGACAGAAUAAACAUGACGAGAGAGAGAGAGGCUGUAGUGAUCACGAGUGUGAACUUUGAGUGAAUUUGCAGAAUUAGUAAACUGCAAAUUGGCUGCAGAUUUGGGGGCUUGUAUAAACCUUUGUCUGGUAUUACGUAUCACAUAAUUUAGACGUUGAUCAAAAUACAGAUUUAAGAAGAAAAGUACAGAUGCUUGACCGGUGCAUCCUGAGGAUCCUGCUCUGAUACAUUCUGUGGUCUCCCAGGUUGAUUUGAAGCAGGUCUUGACUGUAAUAUGAUGGCAGACUCUGAUAGCGGCUCUUUGGUAACAGAUUUUGUGUUUUGGAUAGAGCCAGGUGAGCCGUGUCUUUACGUGUUUCCAGUCUUUGUCCAGGAAACAAAGUCAGACAGCGACCCUCCUGAUGGUCUCUCUGGUUUCAGGGUUCGGUCAGAUAAGAGUCUCCUGUGUUUGUGUCUCUCUGUAUGAACAUGACAUAAACUCUGUGAUUUACUGUUUCCAAGCAGGAUCAGGGUUGUGGUUUCAUGCAGUAAGCGUGUUUCUGUGUCUGUCAGCAGGAUGUUUGUGAAACCCGGUGAAAGAAUUUUCCGAGAACUCUGAUGGACACGUCGGCUUUGAGCCAGGGAACUAUUGAUUUGGUUUUGGUAGUGAUCCAGAUCCGGGAUUUCUAUCUUUGGACCACGAAACGUUUUUUUAGCUGUAAUUAGGAAACUAAUGGAAACAAAAACUUCAGAAACUCCCAAUCCUGAGGGUACAUUUGUGGCUUCAUUACAACAGUUUUUAAUUUAAUUCAGGUGCUCCGGUUUGCUGUUUGGAGGUUUUUCUUAUAUUAUUUCUUUCUUAAGGAUCAUAAAUUAUACGAACAAGACGCUAAAAAACAAACAAACUCAAGAACAAACAUUUUUCAGUUCACUAGAACAUCUCCGGGUUUUGAACAUGUCUACCCCUGAUCAUAGGAAAAAUACGAGAGUCUGCUGUGGGACCACCUUAACCCACUGACUCAUCAAAACCUGUCUGUGAAAGAUCCAUGCAGGAAACACGUCAAAGGACCUCAGUGACGGACACCCAGACAAAACAUAACGUUUAAAUUCUCUGCAUCAGCUGUACCUGCGCCGUCUUGAACUUAAAUUAUUAACCACCUUUUUAUUAAAUCUAUAUGCAGCUCAUUACAAAGUAACCUUUCACAAUUAAAUGUCUGUUAAGCUCUCAGUAUUAGACGCAAUUCUUUAGAUGGGAUUCAAAGUUAGCACAAUGUUCUCAUUUUGGAGUGGGCUAUCAUCCUGUCUGUGGAGUUCCUCAUGGCUCUGUCCUCAGGUCCAGUUUUCUUUAUCGUGUUCCCGCGUCUUCGACUCUAAAGGUGUUUCAACUGUUAAUGCACAUAAUGUCCAAUCACAAGUUUCAUUUACACCCGAAAUUGUAUAAAACAUCUCUCACUCAGCCGCACUUAAAGUUGUUACACACCGGUGAAUUAGCGAAGCCGAUUUGCGAAGUAAAUUGUUCGCGUUUUUUUAAACCUCAUAAAGUCAAUUCAAGCUUCCACACCGGCUACGAACUUCCACAGAGCGAAAAAGCGACUGUAAUUUUUUUUGCCCCUGUAAUGAAUUUUGCGAACAGUCACAGAUGAACUGCUAAAUCUGUAGCCUAAUAUAAAUCUCAUCGCAGACAUGUGGCGAGCCGCUGAUCCGAAUCAGUCGACUCUGUAAUUUGUUCUCUCCUUCUGCGAACGUGGAGUCAGCUGAUGGAUCAGUUCUUGAAAUUGUUCGAGGGACAUUUUGAAGUAUUUUCAGAAUUUCUCUUGAAAUAAUUUGAGCUCCUGGAUCGUUGUGUAGAGCUCUCCCAUCUCCUGUCACAAGGUCAGUAUUGGACGUACCUGGACACUUCGAUUCUUCUUGUUAUUUUUGUUAUUUAAUCGUCUAACGACCAUGACCAGGUCAUCAUCACUUGAGGAUAUAGUCCCCCUCUGCUCCCCUAAGCCAAACAUUUCACAUUUUCGUGUCGCUUCUCUAAUUUGCUGGACCUUUACAACACCUCUUCCCAUAAGUUUUCCUGUUUAAGAAAUAUAAAUGUCGUCACUUCAGAUGGACUCCUCCAUCUCAGAUGUUUCUGACUGGUCUCCUGCUCACAGCUGGUGGAGAUGUAAUGGUUUCUAUGACCAAACUGUGUAUUUGUCAGGUGCAGUUUUUAUUUUUAUUCAUAAAUCCCGUUGUCUUCUUGGAUUUUGUUCAAAGUCAGGAGAAAGAUUCCUGUUCUCUGCAGAAGACUGAGCCCACUCUCCUCCCAAUUUUUUUUUGCGUUCUCUUCAUCUCUUGUGUUUUUUUUCUCCCCUUAUCUCUUACGUGGUUUCUCAUGUUCGAAGACGAGGACUGUAGAUGACCUGAGAGGCUCUGCUUCAGUCAGAGUGGCUGUGAAAAGAUAAUCUCAUAAUCCCUGAGGUAUGACGGUGUUUAGAGUUUAUUCUCCCUGUCGUGGAAGAAGCGAGUAAAGUGCAAUCGAGCGGAGGGAAGAGAAGGGACCGGGGUUGAGCAAGAAGCUGAGUCUAGACUUUUUGGCAACAGCAGAACCAACAACAGGAUACCAACGCCUGUCUUUCAUUUAGUCAUCCACCGCAAUCCUCCAGGGGUGUUUUGUCAGGAAAUAUAAUAGUAUUUCAUUUCUCUUUCCAAAAUGGUUUAUUAUGUCUUCAAGUGGAGCAGCUGCUGGAGCACAAAGACCCUCCACUCGUGUUCAAAGAGGCUGGUUUUUGUCUCAGCGUGCUGACCGAGGACGCUGAGUGUUCAAUUGUUGUUUCCUCAUUCAUAGUCGGCGGAGACUCAGAGGUCAGAGCCCAAACACAGAGCCUUCACACCACACAUCUGCUCAGGGUGGUGUCAGUUCAUUCAGCAGCCAGCUCCAUAUAACCAUCAGACCCUCCACAGGACUCGCCCAAACUCUGGGUGGGUCACAGCUAAAUCUUAGGCAGGGUCAGAGGUCAAGACCGGCCCCUGGUUGGAAGACGUAUUUCUUUUCCAAACUUGGUGGGUGUGCAGAGCAUUGUUAAAAAACGACGCCUGCAGGUCGCUGUGCAGAAACACACACACACUCACACACACACUUCAGUCAGGUGUCUCUGCUGAUGAUUUGACUCGACCCUCCCCGAGGUCAAAGCACAAAUUCUCACCUGCAGCGCUCUCCAAUCAGGGCGCAAUUACAGCUGAACAGAAUAAUUGAGAGAUAACGGCGCGGAGGUGUUGUUUAUUUGUGCAGGGAGGAAACCUGAGAGCUACCUGUCUGUCAGGGUGUGUUCAAGCAAAGUUCAGUCGUUACAGAGGAAUUAUAAAUCAGGGCGGGGAGACGGGGAGGCGGGGAGCAGCUCUUUAACCUCUGCACAGGGAGGGGGUGAUGGAGGUAAUGCUGCUCAUUAGAUUCUCGUCUGAGACUCAUUAUGAGAAAACAGCGACUUUCAUGUUAUUUCUUUUUACAAACAGUCUCAUGUCUCAUUCUCAGAAAAGCAAAACAACACAAGCUUACAGAAAAAACGAAACAAGGAUCUUGACUAGGAGACGGUUCUUUAAGUCUGAGUCCUCCACGGUUAGGAAGGGACGGACUGAUUAGUCCAGAUCUUUUCAUCUCCUCUCUCUAUGUCUGAGUUCCCCAGACAGAAGUUUAACUUUCUGGAUCAAAACAAUGCUGUCUAUCAUCUGUGUCUGUUUACAUCCUGGUAGUGGUCAUCAUCAUCAUCAUCAUCAUCAUCCUGAGCUGCAGUUCUACCUGGUGACGUCUGUCCUUUUCUUAUCAUGAUUACGAAACUGUACUCUUUUAUUCAGAUCAUAUUUGAACCAUAAGAUAGGAGAGUAAGUUAAAUUGAAAUUAGGGCUGCAGGAUUAAUUGAUUUUACAUCAUAAUUGGAUUAUUUGAUUAUGACGACGUUUAAAAAAUUAAAAUCCUCAAACUGAUUUUCCUCUCUAUCAUGUCUCGUGCCUCCAGGCCACCGUAGGCUCCCCCUUCCUGUGGGAGCACACUCCAAUUCCCACACACACCAGUAUAAACAAACAUGGCGUUUGCAAAAGAAGGCGAUAAUUUCGUGGUUAAAUUGGACAAGAGCAAGUCAGUCGUGUGGAAUUUGUACGACUUCACAGUUUCAGAUGAAGAGUAAACCACUCCCCGCUGUAAAGUCUGUCUGAAGGCGGUAUCAACCCGUCACCACGGAAACGAAUUCAGGAAUAAAAGCAAAAGUUUCUUAACAACAGUUUUUUCCCGCCGCACCGAAUGUUCCCGGAUUUCAUUACAGAAAUCUGGUCACCUUACUUUAUGUUUUCAGUGGUUUGUUUUGAGAAAUGAUAAAAAAACUUCAUAUUUUAAGAGUUGUCACGGAAUGAAAAAUUGAAAUCAAAUAUCGAGUUUUCAGAGAAAAAAAAAAAGGAUUUUAUUUUUGGCCCAAAUCGUGCAGCCCUGAUUGAAAUAUAAGACGGUGAAGCAGCUGUCAGGGUUUAGAAAAGUACCUCUGAAAAACUUACUAAAAAAUUUAACUCCUCAUGUUGUUUUUUUUUUAUUAUUGGUAUCAAAUCAAAAACAAUUUCAUAGUUGAAGGAUAAUUUGCGAAUUUAUCCUGUAAAGUAACAUCUCCACAUUUCGAUCAUACAAGUCUGAAAACUCUAUAAAUGACUUUUUAACCUGUUUAAAGUUUUAUCAUCACACUCAGAGGAGUCCAUGUUGAAGCUCGCCGUCUUCUCUGGAACGUAUUUGCUGAUAAUUAAAGUAGUUUGGCGUUGUUUAGGUCGGGCGGGGUCUCUGUUUUUCUUCUGCGUCAGUCAUGAGUGCGACUAAUGUCAGUCAAAAUAAACAUGGAGUCUCGUAUUGAUUAAAGCCGUUUCCCUCCCUGCCUCGCAGCUAUGCACUAAUGUGCUGCUAUAGGCUUAAUGAGAGCAGGAGGAGGCGGCCUGACCCCUGCUCACCUCUCGAAGGGCCCCUGCAGGGAGGGGGCCAAUCAGUCAGCGACCGGAGCUGCUGUCUUUUCAUGUGCAAGAAGUGAAGCCAAAGAUCAAGUGAAAUUGAGAGAAAUGGCUUCAUCCCUGUGAGAGACUCAGCACAUUUCACCAGGAUCAUCCUGCUGAAAUGGAAAGUUAAUCCUGCUCAUUAACGCUGGAAUCAAACACACAGAAGGAACAGUGUGUGGAAAAAUCCUCAAAAUGCAUCUUUUUGGUUUAUGACAGAAGGAAAAGUUGUGAAGAAAUAAAGGAAAGUUGUACAGAGGAUCAACGUGGACAUGACGUGUGUUUGGAAAUAGUUUUGGCCAAUAUUUGAGUGAAAAGUUUCCAUAGACUAUCAGACGUUUGCUUCUUGUUUGAAUAUCUGUGGGCUUGAACGCUCUCUGCUUUAAAUCGCAGUAUCAGACUCAUAUCAGGGGGAUCGUUCGUGUUAACGUGCGUUCCCCUGCUACAACCCUCAUCUCUCCUUAAAACAUGUGAUACUCAGACUCGCCUUAAACCAAGAAAUAUGAUUUUAUGAGCAGGCUGUAAGAGCUGCUACUGUCCACGAACUGCCCAUAAAAUAAAGCAGGGCUGGGCUGUAAGGCUUCAAAUCAAUAUCAGGUUACAUUGAUCAGUUCACCUCGAUAACGAUAAAUGGACGAUAACUACUCCACAAGCUGCUCACCCCCUCCCACAUUAACUUCGUCUACUUCAGCCGCUACAACUUUUGAACCAUCCUCCGUCUCCUCACCUGUCUUUCCCUCUUUGUUACGGACUGGAUGGGGUGGAGUCACGUCUCUGAUGUAGGACAGCGUCUUAAAGGGAUAUGAGACAAAACCCACAGAGCAUUUUUUGUCUAAUAGACGUCUAAAUGUAGCCAAGACGAGUGGUCUAAAAUCAGGCUACCACAGGUCUGAAAAUGAAAGUUUUUUAGACGUCUAAAUUCAGACCAAGUUUUAAAUAGCCGGCUAACAGAAUUCUAACAGCCCACUGAGCAUUUUUUGCUCAUCAGUUAUCAAAUAAUUGGUUAAGGUGCAACUUCUAAAUUUUAUCUAAAGACAUACAGAAUCUAGACGGUUGAAAUUAGGUUUACAAAAAUAUGUAGAUGUCUAAUCUACUGCUCAGUGGGUAGCCUACCUACACACAUCCAAAACCAACUCUUAUGUAUUUAUUUAUUUAUUUAUUUGACACCGAAUAUACCAAUAUGGACAAAAUGAUGUCAGUUAUUGUUGUGAAUCUUGGUAUCUUUUCUUUUUGGUAAAAAAAAAUUCCGUUUUCUCACCCAGCCCUAUGAUAAGCAGAAUCGUAAAAAGUCUCAGACUUUUAAACCUGAACAGGAUUGAGGGAUGUCAUCAGCUGUUAUUUAUGGGGCUAAAAUACACCUGUAAUCACUCUUCAUCCAACAGAUAAAAUAACAUCCCCCCCCAAAGAGGGUCUUUUUCAGAUAUCAAAGUUAAAGUUCCAGAAAACAACCUCAUUCACAUUAGAAACUUCAAUAUAUGUUGUGAUAGUCGGGUUUUGUUUACAGAGAGAGGAGGGAGGGGAUCCUACUGGGAAAAAACUCUCAUGAAAGUUUGAUUUGCCAUCUUUCAAUCUCCUGCAAAGUCACUUCUUUGACCCAGCAGACACGCCUUCAGAAUAAAAGCAUUGUGAGAAAACAAGAGGAGUAUUUUGUUCGUAGUUGUACAAAAACAGGAGCAGAUAUCCGAGAAGUACGGCCUUUGAAGGUGUCAUAAAAAAGCGGUUGAUUUAUAGAGGGGAGUUAACUCUCCAACCUGAAGUUUGCCCCUGAGAUGUUUGAAGUGAAAUAAGGUCUGAGAGAAAAUGAGAAGCCCUCGUACCUUGGUCGUGAUUUAAUAGCCUGAUGCUCGUUUCAGUCAGAGUGACCUUCCCUUUCCGCUGAUAUGAAUUCCCCCAUGUAAGGCCAGGACGGGAGCCGAGGUCUCUGAAGGGAAGAGCUGCUCAGCCGAGUGUGAGGCAGAGAUAUGGAUCGUCUAAUUGGACAGGGCAACUACUGGCCUGGGACCGAGCCAGGAACCGACUCCAAAAGCAGCGGAGCAGCUCUGUUUUUAUGGCCGUGGGAGAUAAAAAAGAGAGACGGGACAGACAGACAGGGGGAGAUAAAUGAUAGACUGAAGGAGAGGAGGGAGAGAAGGUCAGGGGGACAUGUUAGAGAGAUGAUAAAGGACCACGUCAGUGUUUUUUCCUGACACGUCCCAUCACGAACAGAUCCUAAAAUGUAUGACACAGAGCUGCUGUCAGCAGAGCAGAGCCGGGAAGAACCAAAGAGCGGGACUUUCCAGGAAUCACUUCUGUGAAAGAGCAGCUUUCCUUUGAUGAAUCAGAGGUAGAGAGAAACCACGGCGAACAGUUUCCCUCGCCUCGAGGUAAAGAUGGAGUCGAGGAAGCUCGUAAAACAAACAGCACAAGCUUUAUCUGGAAGCACCUUAAAGAGCCUGACUGUUUCACUGAAACUGUGACUUUUGAUUAUUUUGACUUUAUUAUAGACGAACAUCCUGCUGAAAGAGGACAGAAACAUCACUGGGAUAAUCGAAAACAAACCCACAGCAUCAUGUUUGACAGGACAACUCUAGUUUUUUAUGAUCCCCGUUUUUAAUUAGCAGAAAAAAUCCAAAUCUUAUCUUGAUGUCGGGUCCAAGAACAGGCUGGUUACGCGUUUUAAGUUCACAACAGUUUGAAAGUUUGUGCUUUUUGUAGAUCUAGAUUUCUACAGAUUCUGUUUGUCAUCAUUUCAGAGGACGUUAGCGCCGCUCAUCAGCACUGAUCAAUCCGUCUGCAGAAAUUCCUGAUCAUUUUUUCAUGAACCUUGUGAGUAAAGCUGCACAAUAAAUCGAUUUUAGAUCAUAAUCAGAUUAAUUAUUAUGAGGUUAAAAAAUUAAAAUCCCUGUCUGAAGGCGGUAUCAACCCGUCACCACGGAAACAAAUUCAGGAGUAAAUGUAAAAGUUUUUUGGUCGUAUUGGCGUUUCAUCCACACGGAAACGGUGUUUCAGGUGACUGUAAAUGGUAUUUUCUUAAGCGGGUCAGAGAGUGAAUAAAUCUGUAAACGACGACCAUUUCAUCUCUGUGUGGAUGUCUAUCUGCAUCUCUGGAAACGAUCAUGUGACACACAGUAUAACGCUUUUAUGGCGCCUGUGUGUGUCCACCUAAAACAACCUUUAUACGCACGCUCUGUACUCUUCUUCUGUCUUUUUUUGUGCAUUUCCUGUGCAGCAUUACAGCGCCAAUUACUGGCUCAGCAUACGCACUACGUCGUUUUCAAUGGUUUUGUUUAGAGAGAUGAUAGAAAAACUUUUUAUUAAAGUUUGGUGAAGUUAUCACUGAAUAAAAAAUCAAAAUCGAGUUUUCAGAGAAAAAAAUCUGUAUUUCAUUUUUGACCAAAAUCGUGCAGCCUUAAUUGUGAGUGCAGACAUCGACCAACACUGAUGAUUACAAAAUACAUCGAUCUGUAUCAUUAACCAAUCAAUCCGACAUGUCAGUGUAAACAGUCUGCAGCACAUGUGGAGAAUUCAGUCUUAUUGUACUGAUGGAAAUCUGCUGACGUCGUCUGGGUGGGGUUUCAGGUGUAAUUGUACGAGGUUUCCUGCCGGCUCCUGAAGUAUUUGCACACAGUUGAGGUGACAGGGUUCAGGUUGGGGUUAUGCACGCUCCCUGCCAAACCGUAUAUGUCAGGUGGUCAGAGUAUCAGAGUAUGUGUGACAUCGAUGUUCCUAUAAAAAGUCGGGCUCUGCAUGUCCCUGAAUUUUCCUGAAACUGUCUGGAGUUCAGUUGGUGACAUAAAAACGAUUCCUGAACUCGCAGCAGGUGAAGCUGUUUCUUUUUUUUCUCCUUUUAUGUAACAACAGUCGACGGUGAGACGGGGGUAAGUGGCGGGAGAGUCGGGGUUUGGUGAGGCCUCUCCAGCUGUGUUAGAGUUAAUAAGACACUCUUAAAGUAGGGGAGGGGCGGUGGGCGGUGGGAAUUACUCAUACUUACUGGAUGGGGGGGCAUUCUUGACCUUGUCCCCUCUCCAGGGGGGUUCACAGCAGCCUGGCAGCUUAUUUGUGGAUAUUAUCAAUGACCUAAAGCCCUCAGCUGUUUCCUCUCUCGUCCUCGGUAACAAACACUCCUUCACUCUCGCUGCUGUGUGUAUUUUAUGUAAAACAGCAGGACAGAUGAAACCCACACACUGACACUGUUUGUUUCCCUCUGUGUCUCCAGAAAGCUGAGUCUCUGUCAGACCCUGACCUUCGUCCUGCUGCUGCUCGCUCCUGUCUGCCUGUCGUCCCCGCAGACUGUAAGUCCCACCUGUUUUCUGCUACCAACACAAGCCACCGCAGGGUCCCGACAGCCCCUGCUCUGUGUCAACACAGCUCUGUAUAAUGACAGUGAUGGAUUUCAUGUCAAACACAUUUCUUCAUAAUGACGUACAUGCACUGAGUCCAGGACCUGCAGAAGGAUUUUGGUGUUUGAAGAGUUUCAGAGGACAGGGCUUGACACUUCCUUUUUUCAACUUAGGAGCAAAAGUAAGAAGCACACAAAGAAAUUUAUGUGCACGAUGAAAAUUAAUAAAAUAAUGUUUGUCUUAUUGGUCGACAUACGGGCUGUUAUUUGAAAUAAAUCUUAGGUCUUUUAGUCACAUGACAUCGAAGCUAUUGAAGGAAAGGUUCAAAAUUUGCCUUUAAAUUUAACACAAAGAUUUUUAGAGGACAAAUUAGUGAAAUAAAAAGAGUUUGUCUUAUCGUCCGACCUUUAUGCUAUUAUUGGAAAUCAAUUUUUGGUCAAUUGGUCACAUGACAUGGAGGCUAUUGAAGGAAAACAGCCUUUUCUGAGAAUAUUGACCAGUAAUUUAUUGACGGUCCCUUAUUCAACACCCGACAUUGACAGUGAGGAUUCUGAGUCGAUUUAACCGCGCUGCUGUUGUUAUUCCCAGUUAUGGAGAGUGAGAAGACACCGGUAGAUCCUCAGUAAAUGUCAGUCGAAUAUCAAACCUAAAUGACUUCACCACAGGAUUUACAUUAAAAAAAAAAAAAAAAAACAUAUGUUGCCACAGCUAAUUUUUUUUAUGUGCACAUGUGCCUCUAAAUAUGUUUUAACAAUUCGCACACAUUUAUUUUUAGUCGCAUAUGCGAGUGAUGUGGUCGCACUGUCGAGCCCUGAGAGGGGGAUGAGAAUAUUCACUAAAACAGACAGUUCCUGUAACAAGAAAUCAAGGAUUCAAGGAUUCAAGGAUUCAAGGAUUCAAGGAAUCUUUAUUGUCCCCGUGGGGCAAAUCGCUUUACAGCCAGCAGUGCCACAAACAGACAUAAGACAAGACAACUAGCACAACAAUAAUUGAAUAAAAAACGAUAAAACAGAGAGACUAAAAAUAAUCACUUGUUUAGAAGACCUAUGGCGGCAGGGAUAAGAGAGUUCAGACGUACCUGCGGCCUGACGGGAGCAGCGCAAACUCACCAGCCAACAGGUGGCUCUGAUCAGUGAGGAGUGAGCGGGCCUAGCUUAGUGUUCGAAGCUUAAAAGUGUCAGUGAGAUCCUUGAGCUGCACAUUUUCACCAUAUCAGACAGUCUGUUCUUGUUUUUUAAGGAGAGUAGGCCGUACCAGCAAAUAAAAGAGAAAGUUAAAACAGACUCAAUAAAACAGGAAUAAAACAUUUUCAUAAAAGUGCUGUCAACAUUAAAACUCUGCAGUUUCUACAAACUUUAAGUCACAGUCGAAACAAGUUACUCAGUUUCACUCGAUCCGUCAGCCUGCAGCCAGUUCCUGUGUUGUGCUGUGCAAAUAUACAAAGCUAAUAGCAGCAUGUCAGAAAUUCACUAAGUGCACCCCUAUGAAUUCACACACAGGAGCCCGUCAGAGUCUGCGGCUCCUUUCCCACAUUUCUCCUGUCUUUACCUCUUAUUUUUCUUACAUUUGACAGAGUUAAAUACGGUCAUUAGACUAAUUGGUUCAGAGGAAAAAAACUGCACUCAGGUUCCAAAGAGGAAAAUCCAGCUCAUUUUGAUAAUAAACCAACGUCAGCCCUCUAGAUUAGAGCAGAUCUGCAGCUAUCCGAGCUGAUUGGCUUGUUUUUUCAGUCUUUUUGUCUUGGAAAUCGUCCGUUUGGAGCAUGCAUCCUCCUGGUUUCUUCAUGCUCCGACUGCUGCAGCAGCACAAUCUUUCAUCACAGUUUGUCUGGUUGUCAGGCAGACGUGUUUCUCAGGCUCAGGCUGGAAUACGCAGACAGAGACAGAGAUAAGACACCCGUCACUUCAAACACAGGAAUGUAGAGGAGGGGUCGACACACUUCACAUCAGCGAGUCGAUUAAAACAUGUCGCUGCUGUCAGCUGUUUGAGAUGACUCAGAUUGUUGAGACGUUUUCUGUGUUGGGUCAUGAGCACAGCUGCACUGACGGUCUCUGAUGUCCACAUCUGGUCAGGAGAAGAUGGAAACAAGACAAACAGACAACAAGCAUCGAUGAAAUACAAGUAUGAGAGAUGUUUGAUGAAUGGUGCGUUUGGUUUGGUCUGGUACAGGACGGUGUGCACUUAUUUGUGUCUCCACCAUCAAAUGUUGGGAAAGGUACCAAAAUAAUGGAUCAGUAUCAUACUUUUUGGCACUUCUCUGCUCAGGCUACUGGAAAAAGUCAUACAAGAUGCAUUACUCAUGAUCUGAUAUGUCGUUUGCACGUCAAAAUAGUCCUUCUGCAGCCAACACGCCAGCGCAAGGUACAGCCUGCUGUGGAAAUGCAAGCAAGAUCAGGGUUUCCCAACAGAACCUGAUAAUGAAAAUGGACCAUAAGGCCUCUUUCAUACGUGAUUUGCAUUCCUGGAAAAAACCCUACUGUUUUCUGACUGAUAACCUCUCUAGGCUUGCAGUUUUGCCAGAGAUCGUCCAUUAAAGGUCUUUUCUGUGUGUUUCUAACGUUGACUCUCCCACCACUAGCUUGAGAAACCAAACGGAGUGUUCAAAACAGAUAAAUAGCAGCAAUAUGACAAAGUAAAAACAACACACACACAGCAGUAGAGGUCUGAUUAAGAUCUGCUUUGGCUUUAUGGAUUAAACUCGUCCUCGUGCUGCAGGGAGAAGAAGCUCUUAUCUUUUUCCAGACUGAAGGAGCUCAAAUAGAUGUUGACAUCGGUGAGUGGGGUCCUUAAGGUGCUGAGAUAAAGUGCUGAGACUCCUCCAAGACUUUAAGCGCUCUGGUUUUCCUGAAUGCAGCAGAGCCUGAUGAUUUCCCUUACAAACAAAGACAAAACGCUUACAUCGCCAAAAGCUGGCACCUGCCUAGAGACGCCUUAUUCUUAAACAUAACUUUAAAUAUAGAUGUAAAAAAAUCAGCAGUAAAGAAAAUAAGUACCUUCAUAUGAUUCAAAUUAUUUGAAUGAUGGAUAGAAGCUCUUUGUGACUUUGAGUUGGAAACUUUUGACGUCCCCAGACUGUUUCUGCAGACUGUGAGAGCUGGUCUGCCGACAGAAAGGAGGACACUUACACGCAUACAGGUUUAUGAUGCAGUCUGGGCACCAUGACUCUGAGAUUCUGAGCAGGUCCCUCUUCUUUCAUUAUCAUCAUUUGUUUGAGGACGUUGCUUUCAGAUUUAUGAGCAUUUUUCUUUUCUGAUGAUAACUGAGAGGACGACCUAAAUCUGAAAGUGCCUGAUGACACACAAACAGGUUUAUGAUACAAUGUGGGGACUGUGUUUUAUUUUGGGGUCCUUCUGUUGUCAUACUAGCAGUACUGGUUUGGCAAAAAUUAAGGGCAUAGCAUGCAGUUUGUAAGCAAACGGAAAAAUCUGCAGUAAACCAGAAAUACCUGGAAAUUGUACAGCAAACCCUUCUCCCUCGACGAGCAGGACAAACUUUCCUUUUUGUUUUUCUAUUUAAUGGGGCGGCACUGAGAAAGAACUACAAAUGUAAAAAUGAAGGACUCGUUUUUUAUCAUUUACUCUUGUGCAAAUAUACAGUUUCAUAGCUGUGACCAUGCUUAAGUUACGUAUCCUGAGCAUGGAUAAAUAGAUGCUCUUUUACGCUGUGUUAUAUGAUCGACUGAUUUCACAUGACUGCCACCUACUGGCCUGGCAUGCUGUGAGCAUUUUAAACCCAUACUGCGUUGUCAUGUGAGCAGGAUCCUUUAUGAAAAACCUACAAGUGGACCAGACCAAAGACUCGUGGAUAGUUUUUUUUUUCCCGCUCAGGGGCAGGUGGGGGGAAAGUGCAUGGUAAAGGUCAAAGGUCACUUUCAUUAAUCUUGAAUGUCGGCCCACCACAUCUCCAACUGUUAUCAACGCUAAUUUGGACCAGCGGUAACACUAAUGAGGGCAACCUCAGGUGACCCUGCCGUGGAAAAUGAUGGAGAGUCAAAACACAGGUCGCUCUCAGCUGAGUGUGUGUGUGUGUGUCUGUGUGUGUGUGACCAAUCCUAUGAGCUACACAUUCAGAAAUUCUUGCGAUUCACUUGCAGAAAUACGUCAAGAAUGUCAGGACUCAUUCAAAGUUAUGAGUCAGCUGAUAUCCUGAGAAUAUUCAGAAUGUUUUUGAUUUUCACAAAUUUUACUUUUUCAGAAAACUUUAUCAAACAUCACUUUAAGGUCGUGUUCACACCUCAAGGUCCAUUUCCUGAUUCGAAUCCAGGGCAAGACGAUACAUUUGUUUUGAUUGUUUAACUGGUCCGGUUUGCGUUCACAAAGGACAAACUCAAUCGCUCCAGAAAACGGAACCGGAGGUCACGUGACCGCGAAUAUCGUUCGGUUAUUGGUCAUUAGUUCAUGAGGGGAUACAAACCCCGCUCUGCUGUCUUCGCCAGUCAUGGAGCACAUUACUUUUAACUAUGCAAAUUUAUCUUUUAAUAUUUCUGAAAUGUUAUUUUUGAUCAUCCUUAAAUUAUAUUACAUAUUUGAAUGCUGAUGUCAUAUUUUUUUAGUGUUUUUUAUAUUUUUAUUGUGUUUUAAACUCUGUAAAGCCGUUAAAAUGACUCCUUAUAGUAAAAAAUUCAUAAAUAUUUAAAGAAGCCCCUGAAGUCAUGUAUGAAACAUGUAUAAAUCAAUGUACUCACGCCAUACUCUUCCUGUUCAACAGUGUGUGUCUGAUUCUGCAGAUAAUAUUUUGCAUAUAUUUGAAUUUAAAUGAGGAAAGGAAAGUGAAACAUUCGUUCCAAGUGUCAGUUCGCGCUCGUGCAGCUCCUCCCGUCAGAAAGGUGGACUGAUCGCUUCUUUAAGUGUGUGUGUAAAGAGUUAAAAGUGUGUGUGAGCCAGCUGCUGUGUGAGAAACUGUUUGGGAGCGCUGCCAGUUUCAGUCCUCCUCUGAGGGAAGAAAAAAAAAUCCCUCAGGAAUGUGUUUGAGGAGCGCCAUUGAGAUUUCUCUAAUCACUUUUAUUGUUGGUCUCUGAUGAUCCUGAUCCAGCAGGCUCACAAGGUUGUUUUUUUUUUUUUAUACCAUCCAGCCCGGAUAGAUUUGUCAGCCUGUUGGAUUCUUGGCUAUAAAUAAUGUGGGUGUUGUUAGGCGUCACUCAGAACUCCCCCUGAACACAUUUUUUUUCUUUCACAAAUGAUAUCCCGUCAUUCUGCCAACACCGCAGCGCACGCAGGGAUUGUGAGCCGCUGACAGUAACCACUUGCUACCUGACAGCUUUGAACAUGCAGGCCAGCGCUGCAGAGUGAUGCUGCAGAGUGAUGCAGCAGAGAGGAAAAAUGUGCCUGUAGAUUCAAGGUGCAGUUUUAUCAUGUUCAAUCAAGUAAGAGAGCAACGCAGGACAGUGAAGAACCGGGGCUGCUGGCCUGGCGUGCAUGAUCCAGCUAUUUUAGUCAGUUUUUUGUGCAUCUAUGUACGUCCAUUUUCACAACACUGUCAUAUGAACACCUUUAUAUAUAUAUGCAGGGUUAGGGUUAGGCAAAAUGAUGUUGGUUAUUGUUGUAAAUUUUGGUAUUGGUAAAUUUUCGGUUUAUCACCCAGUUUCUAUUGUUGCCUACUAUCUGAUGGAAUUCUUAUAAAGGCUAAAUUUUGGGGGGCACAAGAUAAUUAAACAAGAAGUACACUUAGAAGUACACUUGUUAAAACGGUUAACUAACGAUAAAAGAGGCUGCAGAAGUACCGUGGUUUUCACUAUUGAGAUUCUUCUUUGUGUCUUUUGUGUCGCAGUCCUGGAUUUCUGCCUGGGGUCCCUCUGGCGAGUCCUCAUCGGGUCGCGCUGCGCGAGUCCGGCGGCAGCUACACUUCAGGAACGAGUGGGGCUCAUGGAGUGGCUGGUCUGUCUGCUCACGGAGCUGCGGGGGCGGAGCUUCUAUGAGGGCACGCACCUGUAUCACCAGGUAAAUACACUAAGUCACGACUGAUCAUGAAACCUUAAUAUCAUGUCUUUUAAAGUAAACACUCUCACCACCAAUAAGUGUAAUUCACACGAUCCAACAUUAUGUUAAUUCAAUACUGGUGCACUAAGAAGCCCCGCCCCUUCUAGUUUGUGAUUGGUGGGCUGGAACAGGAACUUGAGCACCUUGUAAAACUCUAUGUUUGUAUGUGUAUGCAGCUUUUAAAGGACUGAUGAAGCAGGAAAAACAGCUGUUAGGAUGUCUUGCAGACCAGAAAAUUUGCAUCAUUUGUUCUUUUAAAACCCUGAUAAAAAUACUUUUCCAUUUUUGUGCUUCUAUUGUGAGUUUUGGUUUAAAAAUAUAAAAUAUUUGGACUUUAAAUUGUGAAACAGAAACCAGCGGAUGAUGCCACUGUGGAUCUGACCACCUGGUUUUAAGUAUGUCUCCAUGCAUUCUGAAUAUCUUAAGUCUCAGUUAAAGGAAACUUUAGGCUCAGAUUUAAACUGGUUGAUUUAACAUGAAAAUACACAGAGCGGAAAGCAGACGCUGAUCCCAUUCACUGUGAAUCGAACCCAUAUGUGGAGCUUUCUUUUUAUUUAGACUCUCUGUAACACAGAGUGGUUUCACUGCAAACUGUUUUUAUGUUUUUCAAGUACUUCUGCAAACAGAUACUCAUCAUUUUCCUCCAUGAAACACACCGACACACCUUCAGCACCGAGUUUCCCGUCACUAUUUAAACUCUGUCUGCUGACUCAUCUCCAUGAAUCUCUUGUUUUCUGUGUCACAGGAACCCAGUGGGUGGACCGUGUGCAGGAGACCCCAGACAAUACAAGAUCUGCAACACCAAGGUCAUUUCACACACAGUUUAAGAAAAACACCAUUAUAGAAACAGGUUUGGAAACACUCCGGGACAAUGGCUCAUGUUUGGUUGUAAAGGUGUGUUCAGGGCAGGUGAAGCAGCCGCAGCUUUCAGGGCGUGAUCUGGAAUUUCACUGACAUAUUAACUCAUAUCCUCAGUGCACUGCUUCACCCUGAACUGAAGGGUUUAUCAGACAGGAGUCAGGCCUGCUUUUGUUUUAGGAACGUGAGUCAAAACUGUGAGUCGGGAAAACUGAUGAGUGUGCUUGGACCGGCAGAUGUGUGUCAGUGUGAUUGAUCGUGUGCAUGCUCCAGUUUGUAUGACGUGAUUAGCCUCAAACUGUGAAUGGAUUUACUUGCUUCCUUCUUGAAAAUAAAUUUACUUCUGAUGCUUUUACUGGCUGAAUCUGGGUUGUUGGAGGCGCACACUUUAGCGGAGGUAACACAUGAGUGUGUUUGUGUGUGCAGGAGUGUCCCCCCAACUCUGACGACUUCAGAGAGAUGCAGUGUGCUGCCUUCAAUGACCGACCCUUGAUGGCCGGGACCUCCUUCAGAUGGACGACCUUUCAUGGAGGUCAGUCAGACGUUCAGAAGAAGCAGAUAACUGGAACAAAAAGUCAGAAUUUGGCACAUUUUAUGUGACGAGGUCCAACAUAUUUGAAUUUCUAAUGUCUAAGACCUAAAGUAGAGGGUAGGUGAUAUCUGUUUUCACAAAAUAUUCUGCAUAAAUGACACACCUGACCGUCCAAAGUCAGUGGGAUGAGACCCUGCUUAGACUACAUUGUCCACAGGGGGCGCCAAAGAUGACACAAACCAAAGUUUUUUUUUUUUUUACAGGAGCUUUAUAAUGACAGUUUAGAAAGUUUUUGGUCCUUUUUCUGUCCUUCUGCCAAAACGAUGCUGAACUUUUAAUUUCAGUCUGUCUCAGAAUCAGUUAAAACCCUGCACUGUAGUUUCUUGGGGUUUUUUUAGGUUGUCAGUCAUGUGCUGCCUCUGCUCUGCUGGGUGUAAAUCCACACUGGAUUGUUGACAUGUUAAGUUUACUCCUCUGUCCUCCUCUUCACCUGCAGCCUGUUUCUGUGUCCAGCCCUCCUCCUUCUUUAAAAUUUUAAUCCCCAUAACAACGAUAAAUUAAUGAGCCGCUCUUCCCCGCCAGGCUCAAACCCGUGUGAACUGAGCUGCCUGGCCCUGGGUCACAACUUCUACUACAACUUUGGCAAAGUGCUGGAUGGCACAGCCUGCGACAAAGAGCCCGGAGCCGUGUGUGUCAACGGACGCUGCCUGGUGAGUGGAAAGCUGCAUUAUGGGAUUUACCUCCUAAGAUCGCUUUAUUUGGGACGGCAGAGGUUUUUUUUUUCUUUGAGGCAUUGUCUCAUAGUUGUCAGGUGCUAUAAUAAAGACAGUCGUCAUUAAAGGUGCAUCAAAUGUCCAGCUGGAGUUCCUCCCUGCUCUGGCUUUGCUCACUUCCUGAAGGUAGAUUGGUUAAAGAGAUGCUGCAUGUUUAUAGAAAUAAGAACCUUAAGAGUCAACAUCUGUUCUGUAGCAGUUUGGGUCGACCAGUCUUCCUCCUGCUGGAUCAUGUAGCUCCUCUCAGUCCCCCCGCUUUGGUGUAAAUGAUGUUGACCACUCGGACUGCAGCUCUCUGGAGAAGUGAACUCCUCGCUGCGCGUUAGGGCCAAGGUGCACUCAUCGGUGUGGACUGCAGCCUUCAGUCAGCAUUACAGCUUGGCUCGGCACACAGUCCGCACUCCUGACCUCACCCUCUUCACCCUCCUCACCCUCCUCACCCUCUCACAGAUGGGGAUGGUUGGAAAUGAACUUGUGUCCCUUUGGUCCUGCAGAUUAAUGACAUGCAUGUGUAAUAAGCUGCUAUUUUUGCACCACUAACAAAAGGAUUAAUGAGUGUCUGUGUUUACAUACUAUGUCUAUAUAUAACCGUGUGUGUGUGUGCGCACGCUGACUGGUGGCGUAAAUAAGUGGAUUUAUUGACUCAGACUGAGGUCAGAGGAGCACUGGGCCUAAAACAGGAAGCAGAUGCAGCGUGCAGCUGGUGUGGAGAGCUGCAGGUCACAAACUGAGAUCAGACUGAAUAACACAGGGCCAGUUUAAAGGAACGUGUGUGUUAAUGUGGACGCUCGUUCACAGCUGAGUUUUGUUCUGUUCGACAGGGGAAUUUGUUCAAUGAAGACGUUCAUUUAACUUUAAAUUUAAAUUUCACUUUUAAAAUUCUUUUUAUUGAGUUUUCCUUGGAUGUAUUUCAACAGUGAAUGUCAGGGCAUGAGGGAUCCACUUUAACACCCCCAAAAAACAAAUAUAUAAAUAGAAUAUUUCAACACCUAACAAUAAAUAAAUAAAUACAUAAAUCAUUAAAUAAAUAAAUAAACAAAUAAUAAUAAUAAUAAUAAUAAUAAUAAUAAUAAUAAUAAUAAGAUGAAUAAAUUUGCAAAUAUCAAAGUAAAAACAGUGCCAAAAUCAUACCAAAAAAAACCCAAUAAUAAUAAAAUGAAAUAACCAUACAAAGGAAAUUGAGAGGAGAAAAAAUAGUAAAGUAAAACAAACAAAAAAAGAGUAAAAAUUAAUAAAAUAAAAAAAACAAUUAAAUCAAAAUUUCAACCAAAUGUCUUCAAAGAAAUUGUCUGAAAUAACCUCAUAGAAAACAUGCUUUCUUGAGAUAUCUUGAAGUCUGAAGAUUGAAGAUUGAACUCGGUAGUAAGACCUUCACAAAGGGAUCUUAUUGUAUUUUGGGGUUUAUAGUAAAGUGGUGCAAAAGUUUUUAAUAAGUUUUUUGAAGUUUUAAGAUAAUGGUUCUUUAGCCCCAAAAAUACCAGGGUGACCAUACGUCCUCUUUUACCUGGACAUGUCCUCUUUUUAGGGGCUGUCCAGGGAAGUUUAUAAAACCCUUCAAAUGUCCGCAGUUUUGUGCGUAAGUUUCGAUUUUGUGUUAAGUGGACCUACUGAGUUAGAAGCGUGUAAAAGACACUCGAGCCGACCUGAAAAAGUCUUAUAAUUAACUUUGUGCGACUCUGUGACUCCGCCCCCGUGUAGUCGUGUCCUACUGUACUUAUUAAUGAGUAUAUUUUGUUUAAAAAGUGACAAAAGUCGGCACAUGAAUAGCCUCAUUAUCCUUCAGUUCAGCUGCAGGUUGUCUGAAUUUUUACACACACAAUUAUAUUUGAUUCCACCUACAUACGGCACGUUUAAAAAAGAAUUAAAAACAUUAUUUUACCUAAUAAAAGAUGUUUAAAAACAAAAAACAUAUUACUCUCUGUUUUUUAGACCAAUGCUGAUUUCAACUGAUAUUUUCAGAUUUAGUCUUUAAAAGUUAUCUGUUCUUCCCCUAAAAUCUCCUCUUUAAAAAGUGUUUCACUUCUGUUACUUGAUGGAUGACUGAAAAAGCGAUUAGGUUAUCAUAAUCACUCCAUGACUGCGAUCGAGAAGAAUUAUUUUGCUUACUAAUCACCUGACUGCUUCACUGGAUUAGUCCAACACAAACCUAAGGCAGCAGCAGGACAGCUGCUCAAAUCCUGCAAAAACCCACAAAUCUCUGUUGAACCAGUUUUAUCCCUCCGCUCUCAGAGCUGCUCAGGCUCUGAUGAAUUUUCUUGCAUGCUCGAGUGUUUAUGGUAUUUUUCAGGACCAUGGUCACUCCCUCAGUGGGGCCCUCGCUCACUCGGCUCCUCUGUCACCGAGGAUUCAUUUCCUGUUGUGCACACACAGAUGCUUGGAGUGUUUUUGUGUUUUUAAGGGGCUUAGGGAGGCUGAUUACAGGGCCCGCGGAUUGCUGCUCUCUUUCAGGGAACCUCCCAUUUGAUUGGUUUGAAGGAGAGAUGAGAGCCGUAGAGGAGAAAGCAGCUACUGUCAUCUAUCACCGCGAGAUUCUCCUCACACCGUAAACCAGUCGCUGUGCUCUUUGCUUUGGCGUUUGACCGUUUACAGAGUCAGCUUCUCCUCCUCUCUUUAGGGCCUAAGCUGGCUUUAUGUCCCCAAAGUAAAUGUUUGUGAGGAGGAGGAAAUGAAACGGAGAAGCAAACAGUCGAGAAGAAGAGAUGCAGUGGGCUGAGUUGAGUUAUAGCAGACGGUUUAAGGAGGCUGUGAGACAGAGCAGACAAAACACAGAAAGGUCAGAGGUUUCCAAGACGCUGUCAGAAAAUGUGCGAACGUAGGACUUAGAGGACUCAGAGACCUCUAAUGACGGGGAUGCAAAUCCAAACCUGAGGCCGAAAUAUUACUUUAAAUCCUCAAUGUGUCAACAAGACAGACAAAAACAUAUCAUUUAAAAAUACACAAAGUAACUUGGGCUGGUAAAAAUAAUAUAAAAUGGUGGACUUCCUGUUGAUUUUUGGUUAAGGAUGGGUUUUUUUGGUCUUUGAAUGAGACACGUCCAGUAAAAUCAAAUGUAUGUCAGUUAUGUUAAUUAGCAGAGCAGAUUUAAGACGGCACUCAGGAGCCAGUUUUAUGAUUUUUAUGCAAUAAAUGAUGAGUUGAGGGAUGUUAAGAAUCCAGUAAUGGAAUAAUUUAUGCAGAAAAAGAUGGAGAUGAAGAAAUUAUCAAUCAAGCUUUAUUUAUAGAACAUUUAUCUCACAGGUCAGAGUGUUUCACAGCAACUAAAGAAAAAAGGAGCCAAAAAAAUGACAGAAAAUAUAGAAACAAAACAGGUGGAGACUGAACCAACAUAAAAAACAACCAAUCCAACCAACCAGUGAACAAACCAAACAACCAAUUUACCAAUGAAAUUUUUUUAUUUUUAGUCCAUCACUCCUCUUUCCAGUACAGCCCUCCGAUGAGUCUGUUGUAUUUAACAUGUUUGUUUGUCUGUGUGUGUGUGUGUGUGUGUGUGUGUGUGUGUGUGUGUGUGUGUGUGUGUGUGUGUGUGUGUGUGUGUGUGUGUGUGUGUGCGGCGUGCAGAAGCCAGGCUGUGACUCCAUCUUGGGUUCAAAGCAGCAGGAAGACGCCUGCAUGGUGUGUGGAGGACAAAACACCACCUGUCUGCACCACAAGAGCGUGUACCAGAGCAACGGGCUGGAGGCAGGUAGGAUCUCACACACACACACAAACACACACACACACGCACGCGCACACACACACACACACACACACACACACACACACACACACACACACACACGCACACACACACACACGCACACACACACACACACAUUCAUUAUAUUACCUCAGUGGCUGCAGAUUCAGGUUUGAGUCCCUCUCUGUGGUUUAUCAGUCAGUCCGGUUUACUGAAGAUCUCUUCGUUCUCUGAUUGUCAGCCAUGUUUCCAAAACCUGCUGGCUGCCCUCCAGGAACAAAUUCAGCUAACAACAGGUCCUCCAAAAUUACAGUCGUUAAGAUCUCAGGAAAGAGGAGGAGGAGGAGGAGGAGGAAGGACGGCGAGUUCUUCUCCAAAUGAAACUCUGGCCCAACGCCACAAAAACAUUUCCCUCCUCUAUUAGUACCUGCAGUUCAGAGGCUAACGACGGUCCAACUGCUCACAGCAAACAAGUCAGGAGGAGGUCUUAAUCUGCGGGUUUUCUCUGGUCUCUGCGGACUCGAGGAGGGAGACAAUAUUUCAGAGGAUACGGAGAUAUAUCCACAACUUACACAUGAGCAACUGCAGUGAUGGCAUGAUAAGAUGAGGAGCUGAGGCCUUUUUUCCUGCUCAUUUCUGUUAGGUCGUGAUGACCUAUGAUGUAGGCGGCACAGUGAUGAAGUGGUUUCUGUGUGGAGUUUGCAUGUUCUCCCUGUGUCUGCGUGGGUUUACUCCGGGUACUCUGGUGUCCUCCCACAUCGCAAAAACAUGCAGAAGUGGGGUCAGGGGUCACUUUCAAAUUGCCUGUAGGUGUGAAUGUGAGCGUGGAUGGGUGUUCGUCUCUAUAUGUCAGCCCUGCGAUAUGAACUGACUUGUCCAGUGUGUCCACUGCCUUUGCCCUAAGAUGCUGGGAUAGACUCCAGCGACCGGCAGGUGGAUCAAAUUUCAAGCAUACAGCGCCCACAGGAACCGGUCCGCUGCCGUUGCGGAGGAGAAGCGCUCACGAUAUUUCUUGCGAUUCUGGAGAAGAUCUCACGAGAUCUCACAUGUUUCCCCGUGAGACACUGAAUGAGAUCGCUUAUGCACAUAAACACCCAAAUCCCACAACCCUGGCCUCUCCUGUUAUUAGGUGGAGAACAGUUCAACAUAUUGACUUGAUUUUAUUUUAAAAAUUAACUGGAUAUUUUACUCUUUAGCCGCAUACAACUUCCGCAACUUCGUGCCUUGUGUAUCUGGUCCAACUGUCGGAGCUGUUCUGCAGACAGAUUAUGUGGAAUCACACACAGUGAUUGCCGUUCCGGAUCGGAGCGAAGCUGUUUUGAUCCUGUGGGUUUUCGCCGUAAUGCAACAGAUUGAAAUUUUUGAUCGUAUAAACAAACUGAAUGAGGGUUGAACACUUUUUACAUUUAACUUCAAUAAUGUAUCAAACUUCCUGAUUAGUGAGAGUCAUCACAUCUCGGACACUCAGUGUGUGAUUUGGCUCGGGUCGCUCUUCUCUGCGGCUCUGUGCUUUGGCAGAGCGAAGCGUCGCCCAUCACGGCUCAGAUGGAGCAGAAACAAACAGGUUGAUAAUGUCUGCUUUGUUUGGGCGACUCGGCGGCCUUGGGAGGUUUUCCCCUCCUCCUGCAGCUGUGUCUCCUAACGUGAGGAGAACUGACGGAGGCCUGUGUGAACUCCCUCCUCAUGAGGUCAGAUGCUGCUGGCCUUGUGCUCACGGCGGUGACUUUGACAUUUCCUCAGCCGCGGCGCUGCGCCUCCAUGAAGCUAAUGAAGCAGAUGAAGCUGGAACAUAGUUUCUCUUUAAAGAGGGUAAACAGGGGCAACCGGAGCAGCACGCCAUUUAGAGGGCGGUAAUAAAUGGAGGUUAGACUGCGGAGACUUUUCACGCCUGCUUCACAGAGCUGUCCGAGCCUGAAAUACAACGCUGUAAUGAACGCUUGUGGUUUGAGCUCAUUCAUAAAUUAUCUCUUUGCCUGCUCGUAAACACGUCCUGUUCACCGUAAAUCAAAGUUAAUCAUUGCUGAUAUUAUCGGAGCUGAUUGUUUUAUAAUGACAGAAAAUCAACGGUCUGUGAUUCAGUCAAAGAUCUCACAUUAGAUAAUUUACAGGGCUGCUCAAAGAUUAAUCCUCCGUAUGAAGGAUUAAAUUAUCUGUUUGGCUUCAAGCUCCGAUCAGGAAUUCUCACUUCGUUGAAACUGGCGCCUCUGUCACAGUCCAGGGUAAAAAAAAAGAAAAGGACCCAAAUGUACGACAAAAAGGAUUUAUUUAAAAAGAACUAAAACAACAAAAACAUACGAUGAACCAACAAAGACAGAGAGGAAGACAGGGACUAUAUACACACUGGGGAACGAGGAAAAAGUGAGUCAGAUGAGACACAGGUGAGACUAAUGAGUGAUUAACGAAGGAGGGAAAAUUAGGGAAGUAAAACCAGACUAGAAACACAAGGAAUCAACUCCUACAAAAUAAAACAGGAAAUAAACACUGAAAACUGAUCAAAAGAAUAAAACACAGAGAACAGGAGGGAAACAGGGACAAAGACAAACUGAAAUCUCACAAGACUGGACUACAGGGGAACAGAAAUACUACAGGAAACACACUCAAAUAACAUCAACAGAACAUAUCAUGACAGCCUUUUUUGAAUCAUCUGACUAAAUUUCCAUCAUGCUGACGAUCAUUUAUUGUAAAUAUUUAAGGUGUAAAAUGUGAAUAAAGGCAGUUUCAGCCGACACUUACACAGCAAAAAAAACAACAACAUAAAAACCCCAUCUGAUCACUGAUGGUGUUUUUUUUCUUUGCUUGUUUAAAAAAAACUUCUCACUGGCGCUUUAAAGUGAGCGACAUAAUGCAGUUUAAUGCCAUAGAGCUGCAGCUGUUAUAAACGUCUUAAAGAUCUGCCAUUAAAGUACUUAAAGUUUAAUUAAAGAUAUUUUUAGAUAGAUUUCAUUCACAGUGUCGGUGUAAACAGGUGUGUUCAUGUCUUGUCCCAUUGACUGUAGCUGGAAACUUUUCCUCUAUAGAUCCAGUUUAAUUGGAAUUUCCCUCCGUGGGACCAUUAAAGGAACAUCUUAUCUUUAAGUUAUGAAGAUAUUAACUAUUAUUAUCUAUUAACUGUAAACAUGACCUGACUGCAGCGUCAUACACUGAGCUCUCCCCUCUGUUUCUGUCUGCUUCAGUGAAUAUUAAUGAGUUUUUACUUUGUUUUUAUCCUUUUACGAUCCUCUACAGUACGUGUGCAUGCUCCAGCUUUUGUUAAUCAUUGACUAAAUUAAUAGUUAAACUUAUUACAAAUGUGACGGACAGACAAUGUGAAUGCAAACACAGGACAUUUGAUCCCAGAGCCGGUUUUUGAGAUAACCUAAAGUCUAAAGUCUCUGUUAAAAGAAGCAAACACGGACAAACACAAUCUUAUAGACAUGAAUCGCCUUUUUCUCUGCUCUCAACAUGUGGCUUUGGUUUGGAGUUGUGUGUGAUUUACAUAUGAAGUGCAUCUGCAGCUACACACGGGUUAUUUAAGCGUUCAUUCAUGCUGCGAGUUGAAGCGAACGUUGGCAGAAACAGAAGAAGCUCAAAUUGCUGCAGAAGGCUGUACCAUCUCUGUGUGUGUGUGUGUGUGUGUGUGUGUGUGUGUGUGUGUGUGUGUGUGUGUGUGUGUGUGUGUGUGUGUGUGUGUGUGUGUGUGUGUGUGUGUGUGUGUUUAGAUUAGAUCCUGAUGAGCCGGUUGGCACCUUUCAUGGCAGCUUCUGCCGUCAGUGUGUGAAUGUUGGCACGUUGUGGAAAGUGGUUCUCGUGGUCCAAAGGUUUGAUCGAUGGAUCCUGUUCCCCAUUUUCUGACUCUCUUUACAUCCUGAUGUCAUAAUCAGGGAUCAGGACUCGGCGUCAGAUCUUUUAAAGGUGUAUAAAGUGGACUUGGAUGAUGAAGUGUAUUUUAGGAGAUUCUGGUCCACUGGAGAACUGGAGUAGAAACUAGACUUUGAUCUGCUGCGGUCAGAAAGCUGUUUUGUUUGGCUCUGUGUUGUUAUUUGACAUUUGUACACCAAGUAUUGUGAAUUUUGGUAUUUUUGCACCAGAGUUUGACACGAUUUUAAACCCUAAAUGCCUGAGGUUACCCACAGACUCAGUGAUGUGUGCAGAGUUUGUUAUUUCAGCUCAGUCUUUCCCUUCAGCAGCUUACACAGAGUCAUUAUGCAAUAAAAUCUGAGAGCAAGAAGCUGCUUUGAAAGGAGGCAGAUGACUGUCUAACAUGAGUCCGGUCCUGCUCAAGGUUUCAGUUUUUCCUCUCCACUCUAACUUGUUAAAUCUUUCACUCACAGAGGAUUUAGGUGGGAUCAGAGUGGAUCUGAUUUUACCUGUUGAGACUCGGUCUGAUGUUGAUUUUUGAUAAAGCAUCUUAUGAUAUAUUAACAAAGAUUGAUUGAGACUGAGCUUCUGAAAAUUGAAGUAAGUGAGUAAAAGCAGCAGCAGUCAGUGAGUCAGGGAUCUUUGGAUGGUGAGCAAUCCUGAAACACUGUUUUAUAAAGCAGGUGGUUUUCUUGAAAUUAAACCUUUAAUUUGUUGGCUGAAAGUUUUGACUGUUACACCCAAAUGCUGAAAGAUGGAUGAGAAAACAAGCGCGUUCAUUUAAGGAUGUUCACUCUUGAAGAUAAUUCCUGUAGUGAUGCCUUAAACAGAGGUUAAAAUCACGUCUUCGCUCUUUUAACAACUUUCAGUCUCUUUAAACGUCCUCCAGAGAAACCGAAGACAAGCUGCAGCUGUUAGAGGACGGGGAGCCUCUUUAACGACACGGAUAAAUGUGCAGACUUGUGUACAGGACCUUUAAUUGUGUUCACGUCUUCAGGUCACGUCCAAGUCCCCCAGAGUAAACUAAACAGAUAAUUUUACCAGCAGAUUUAUUUCUUUCCUGAUGUUUUGGGUCGUAAACUCUUAGUGUCAUAAAAACCUCCUUUAAUCAGAUGAAACAGUUAAAAAAAGGAAACAAACACUCGAAACAUCCUCUAACUGAGUGUUUUCAUUUUGCCAGCUGGACCUUUUGGAUACAACGAAGUGGCCAUGAUACCGGCUGGAGCCACUCACAUCAGAGUCACAGACAACAGCAGGAGCUAUCUGGGUAAGUUUCAGUCCAUCAAAGUCAAAGUCGACAUAUUUCACCUAAUUCCUCGAUUAGCUAUCACCUCGACUCCCCAGAGACAGGAGGGGGGAGGGGCUCAGCGCUCCCAUCAUAACAACACGACCAAGGGCGUCUAUUCUCAUCCUUGUUUCUGAGAUGAAAAUAAAACAGGACCCUGAAAUGGGGCACGCCGCGCUCUUGACAGGGAAGCUCGUAAAGCCGCUGGGGUGAGGCAGGUGAAGGUACUCCCUGUUUCCAUGUCAUGUCAUGGAAAAUCCCUCUCCCUGCUCCGAGGAGAGACAGCUGCCUUAUAAAGCCAGCUGGAAUAUUUCUGCUCUUAGAAAGCCGGCUUUUACCUCGACAUGACCUGGCGAGAGGGAGAGGUAACAGAAGAUUUACUCUGAGGCUGAUACAAGCAUCGAAAAUCCUUUAAUGCUGCAAAAUACAGCAAAGAUAAAAGGCUCAGGUCCAAACCCAGAACCAUCAUUUAUCGGACCUCCAGAACAUGAACAUGCUCCUUUCUCUCCAAAGUAGUAGACAUGAAUUAUUCUAUCGGUUAAUGAUUUUUGAUUGAAGUUGAAACAACGUCCUCUCUGAGGCUUUUUGGAGGCUGCCAGCUGAGCCGCUAUUUACCUCAGAGCUUCUUCAGAACUGUUAGGAGAUCCAAAGUGGGUCAAAUCCACCCGAGAUCAGCUGUUGUAUUUUGAAUAAAACCAAUAAAAAAAAACACAGAAUGGCCAUGAUACGAUAUUUUUGCGAUACUUGGGCCACAUUUCAAUAUUAUCAGGAUACUUGGGCUACGAUAUGAUAUUGCGAUAUAUAUGCCACAAUAUGAUAUUAUCACCAUACUUUGGCCACGAUACGAUAUUGUCAUGAUACUUGGGCAACGAUACGAAAUUAGCGCAAUACUUGGGCAACGUGCUAUAUUGUGAUACUUGGGCCACGUUAAGAUAUUUCGAUAUUUGGGCCAUGAUAUGAAAUUAUCAUGAUACUUGGGGCACGAUACGAUAUUAUUGCGAUUUUUUACAUCUUGCUGUAUUGUGAUACAAUGUAUGGCGAUUUAUAUAUAUAUUUUAAACUGUUUAGCUAAUUUUGCAUUUGCUUUCCUUUAUAUUUGUCAUAUUUACGCUAUAUUUUAUUUUCAUGUUGCACAUCUUGCAAACCUUAUACAUAUAUUUGUUGCUCUAACUUUCUCCUGCUCUACGAAGUCACCUCUGCCAACCUCACUGGACAAACGGUUGAUUUUAUUUUUUCAUUAUCAUAGAUUUGACUUCAUAUGAGCAAUUAAUUUGAAAAAAAAAUCGGUAAAUGAGACAAUACGAUAUAUCACCAGAUAAAAUAUCUCCUAUGCCUAGAAGUCACUGGGAAUGAAUACUCAGGGUUACUGUCAUGUACAUUAGCUUUUUAAAUUUUAAAUAUUCCUCUGACACUUUCAAAGCAUGUAUUGUAUUUGUUCAAUAUAAAUCUGUAAUAAAAAAAUUAACAAAAACUACAAAAAAAAAAACAGUUUCUCUGAAGCAAACAGGCGGUGAGUAGAGCUGCAAACAUUAGUAAGGCUGCUGAUGUUUACAACAGAGGCUGAUUGUUCAGAUGUUUUUGGAUAAUUUGGAUAAGGUCAUAUUUUUGAUGUAGAAGUAUUACAGAAGCACAGGGUAUUGAAUCAGCACUGGACUGUUUUCAACAUGUAAAGGUUUUGCCUCACCUCUCCGCUCCGUCUGUCCUUCAGCCCUCCAGAACGGUCGCUCUCAGUUCGUCAUCAACGGUAACUGGAAGAUCAGUAUUCCAGGCGAGUACAACGUAGCGGGAACAAAGCUGCUGUACCGGCGCUCGGCGGACACCUGGGAGAGCUUCGAGGUACCUGGGCCGACUAAAGAGGACCUCCAUCUCAUGGUGAGACAAAAAUAUGAAAUGUUUUCUUGUUUGUUCAGUCUGGUAGGUCCUUUUUAUUCUCUGCUUCAACAUGCAAAGUAAAAAAAGACCAGGUUUGGAUGAGUAAUUGAUUGUUUCCAGGUACUUUUACAAACUGACCUGGCUCUGCUACCAAACAGCUGUUAACUAUCACUCCCUCCUGAGACACCGAUUCUGCCGAACUUCUGUGAGAUGUUGUUGUUUGUUAGCGUUCCUGUGGAUUACAGUGUCAUGUGACCAUGAGUAUGAAUGCAGCGCUUCAUGAUUUCCUCCCGGGAGUCUGCUGUUUGUUGUUUAUCACCUGUAAUUUGUGCCAGCACUCCUGCAGUUGCAGUUAGGACUCAAACUGCUCGACCAGGGGGGAAUUCACUAAGAGCGGAUUGAGAGUUAUGAGUCAUUUGUCCGUGUUACCUGCUCUGUGUCAAGGUCCAACUCAUAAAGCACGCUACCCCGAUGUGUUCACGCCAAAAAUACCAACAAAGUUUUACAGCUCUGUGUAAUAAGCUCCUGAUUUUUGUCUCAUCUCUGAACUGCUCCAUAAUCUCCACGAACAGAUGCUGAAUCAGACACUGAUAACUCGUUUAUCGCAGAGUUGAUUCUUAAUAUAUCAUAUCAGACUUAGUAAUCUUGAGGUAAUACUUUCUGUUCACACAUUUUUGGGUCAUUCAGCAGUGACCCUGAAGAGUCAGUCCUGAAGAAGUUCAGUUACAAUGUGGAGAGUAGCUGUUAUUCUUAUAAGCGAUAGUGAUUGUUGUUGUGGUGAGAUCAGAGUGGUGGACCUUUAUGCUGGUUGCCACAUGUAAUUAAGUGAAAGAGAGAAAAAGAAGAAGCAGCUGCUAUCAAACCAGCUUUAGCAUCCUCGUAGUAAAUGAUGAGACACCCUUAAAACUGACACUCUGAGGAUUUAUUGUGAGUCCAAAAACAACAUUAGAGAUGUAAAGGGUAGAUGUCAACUUUUUAACCAUUCUUAGGCGGCUUCUCUCUUUCUCUUUCACACCUUUGCCGUUUCGUCCGGACUUGAGGUCCAGACCUCCCCAGGGCCUUGGUCCGGACCAAACUGAGCCACGGUCUGGUCCAGUGUGAAAGUAUUAUUUUGAAAGGUUUGGACCUUCGUACCAAAGACAGUUUGAGGAGUAGAAGUGUCUGUUAUUAUGUUGAGUGGAGAUUGUCCAAUAAUGGGAAAUUUUACAAUAUUGUAGCUGAAGUUAUACCUCACUAUUGACAGCUUAAGAGUUUUACGACACAGACUUUCCUCCUAAGCUGGUGUUGCAGUGACUCACAGGAUUACAUCCUUUCUUUUCCUUUCCCGUCGAUGUCGAUAAAGUUGUCGUCUAAUGAUCAAAUUCAUGAGAUUUCCUCGGACCAGCCUCAUGUUCAGCUCUUCAAGUCGUCACUGUUGGAGGUAGAAGAUCAAAAGUAGUACGAUGGUGGGAAUGAUGGUUUCAUCCAUUCAAGACCCGCUUUUCAACAUGUUGACGUCAGACGCCCGCCGGUCUAAUGACCAAUCAAUGUAAACUACAGAGACACGCAAAACACAUAGUUAAUGACGAUAUCGCGAAGGUUCGUCAUGUGAAGUCUGUUAGUCCGUUUGCAAUAAUGACAGAGUGAGACCUAAACAAACCAAAUUUUAACAAUUUAACAAAAACACAGACCCUGGUUUGGACUUUCAGGUGUGAAAACACCCUUAGACUGUUUUCAUUCAGGUCCAUUACUCACUAUCCUCCAAAAGUAGAGUUUUUCAAAAUAAAAGCAUAGUUUUAAAAUGCAGGAAAUAAGGCAUAUCCAGACAAUCAUUGAUGAGUCUGUUUAAGUGUUUUAGGGUCAGUUUUUCCAUAAAUAUUGGAGUUACAUUGUUGUUGUGAUAUUUCAUUCAAGUCUGAGUGAGGCUGUCAUAUUAGAAAAUGUCCUCAUAUCUGUUGGAUCUUAUGUUUGUAAUGUUGCAGCAGAAAUAACUAAUGGAGACACAGAUAAAUAAACUGUGGGAGCAGUGGUUUAGUGGGUGAAAAAGAUGCUACAGCGAUGAAUUUGAAUGUCUUUUCCUCUCAGCUCAUCUCUAUACGUCUGACUUUGGUACAUAAUGUGAAAACAGCCGACUGCAGUUGUUGCAGAUGGUCUCCGUGUCUCUGGGGUGCAGCGCUCAGCACAGCUGCACAAACUGUUUCCUCCUCAGCACCAGCUCUAUAGUUUGACAUCAUUGUUGGCCUGUUUAAGAAAAGACAUUCAAGACUUUUCCAGGCUGGUUUGGAAGUUUCCACGCUCUCCUUGUGUGCAGGUGCUGGCCACGGACAAAAACACAGGGAUCGAGUACGAGUACUGGCUGCCGCCGGAUCAGUACGCCCUCUACCACGGGAGGAGGAGUCCGCUGAGGCAGGCUCACCACACGGCCAACUACCUCCCGUGGGAUCAACCUCAAGCUUUAACCACGGCCGUCCCCGCGGCUACAACCAGCACCCGACCUCCACCUCUCACCAGCAGACCCCCGUGGUGUAAGUCCUUCCUCACACUGAAAAGUUCAUGAAUAAUCUCAAACUGUUGUUGAAAUAUAAUUAAAUAAAAAUCCUCCUCAGUCAUGGGAAAGUUCAAACUCUCAUCUCUCUCUGAUGGAUGAAGGAUUUGGACCUGAGCUCGGCAGACUUUUGUCCUCACAUCACAAACUGAACAAAUCCUGACGCUCUGAGCCUCCAGCUUUCUUAAAUCCCGUCUUAAGAUUUGACUCUUGUUGAAAGCUUUUGACAUUUUAUAGGUUUCACCUCCUCUGGCCUUUCAUUUCUAGAUUUAUUUAUCUCUUUUUGUGCAGCACUUAAGUUUUUAGUUAUUACAGAUUUAAUGAGAUCCCUGUGGUUAUUACUGGCUCAGUUUGUGAUGACUGAACUCUUCUUUCAGAGAGAAAAUAUGAAGCCGACACUGACCCUUGGCCUCCAGCCGUGUUGAUCACCUGAUAUUUAAAUUGUAAAGAGAGAAAAACCUGAAAAUGGGUCUGGAGUGUGUUUCAGAUACUGUUUUAAUGAUACUGUCUGACACUGACAGGCUGUAGAAAAUUAUCAGGAAUAAAUGAAUAUGAAUAAGUGUGUUUCUGCAGAGUCUAAAGAGAAGAUGCUGUCAGACUCCGUUCCAGUAUCCCGCUCAGGCAUCCUCCAAAUUCAUUAAUAAACUGCAGUUCUUAAUGUGUCCUCUAGGGCUGGACGAUUGUGGCUUCAUGUGAUCAUAAAAAUAUGCAAAUUAGGACAGAGAGGAGAGCGGGAUGGGAGGCUGUAGUGAUGGCCGACUGCAAGGCUCAACAGUCACAUGGGUGUGCAGUAUGAUUAUAUAUGACCCUAUGAGUCUUAACAUUAUAAAAGUGACGGAUGAAAAUACUGUGUUGGAUCUGCAGCCUGUGAUAAAACAUAACCAGCGUAAUGGAUGGUCCCUUUCAGGACUAUUACAUUUUAAUCUUUGGUGUAAUAUUAACCAGUUAAACAGACAGACGUCUUGUAGAUAUAAAUAAAAAACAGAACUUGAACAGGAUCUUUUAUAGACCCAACAUGGUCAGGUUUAGGAGACUAUAAGAUCCACAAAUGCAUGUAAUUAUAAUCGUGAUCUCAGUUUCAGUCCGGAUAAUCCUGACGAUGGUGUUUGCCAUAAUCUAGCGGCCUUACUACUUCAGAUUAGCUCCAAACGUCCAAAAAUGAGACCCAUCAAUUUUUAAAAGGCAUGUGGUAAAGUCCCAGAAACCCCUUCAACACUCAAAUGUGCGUCUUUUCAGUAUAAACCGACACGUCUACAGAAACUGUUUUGUGAUUGAUCGUUUUCCUGCAUGACUCAUUCAUUUUUAUCACGUUAAGGUUAAAGUCGGUCCUGAGUAUAUCAAUAAUCUGGACCACAGUUUACCUGUGAUUUAAAGGAGUUCAUCUGCAUGUCGACCUGAGACCUACAGCUCAUGAUACCCGGGUUAUCUUACGUUAUCUGAGGCCUCCAGGAUCAGGAUUCUGAUUGAUCACUCAGCGCUGUUUACUGGAAAAACUCUAAAUCCUGCUCGGCCCUACAGAGUCUGAAGAAUGUAACUGGUUUAUCUCUCGUGAUGAAAACCUGCGGCACACGUGUGCUCAAUCUCCCCUGAACGCUCACAUUCACAUGUACGCAGCCUGCAGACCUGCGCCUUCUGUCUGACUCUGUCCAGCGCUGUAAUAAAUCUAAGUAUCCUCUGUGGAAACACUUCCAGCUGAUGGAUCGGAGCCAAACGGAGUCGUGUUGUUUCCAGAAACAGUGAUGAUGAUGAUGAUGAUAAUUGUUUGUAGGGUAAGAAGGUCGACUCUGCGGUCUCGGAGUCAGGACAGGAAUUUUCAUGUUUUUUAGACGGUAAUGAAAUCCUGACAGAGUUUUUGAUUUCAUCUGUUUAUUCGUACUGAAUGUUUGUUUCUCGUGAUGCUGAACUGUUUGUACACCACAGGCAUUUUUAGAGCUCUGCAAUUUUUUUUAUCACCAUCAGAACAAAAUAUCCAGACAGUCUCUGAUGUGCAGCGAGCUAAAAUCUGUGUGUGCUUUUAAAUGGGAGUGGGAGUCUUUGGGAUCGUAACUUUGGGUCAAACUUUUGACUCUUCAGUAAAUGUUUGGACUUUAACUGAAUCCAAGACUCUUAAAAUGUCCGCUCCUAAAGUUAUUUAUUAUUCUCUUUCUGAGUUUGAUAACAGACUCUCUCAGAUCCUUAGAUUUAUUUGUAUUCAUCGACCUCGUUUCUCAUCGAAUCUGUCUCGUAUUAUUUGUUCAUAGUUGAUCUAACAAACCAACAGCCCCGAGUGGGAUAAUCAAAGUUGUUUGAUUUAGUCUCUGAACCACCGAAAAGGAUGAUAGUGUGACUUUUAACUCAAAGAAAUCUUUAUCUUAUCUUAAAUUUGCCCGGGAGAGAGCUCAACAUUAUUUGUUCAAUUAAUUAAAAAAAUAAAAUAAUUAAUUAAUAUAUUAAUUUUAUUUAUAUUAAUAUGUUAUUAAUAUAUUAAAUGAUAUUAAUUUUAUUUAUAUAAAUAUUAAUUUUAAUUAAUUUGAAUUUUAUUAAUUUAUAUAUUUUUAAAUUAAAAAUAAAAAUAAAAUAAAUUUAAAACAAAAAAUUAAAUAAAAAAAUUUAUCAUCUUGCACAAAAUCCACAUAUGGAAGCUCCAUGUGAGCUCCAGGAAGAGCUGGAUGCUAGUUCAGGCAGGCAGUUUGAGCCACACAUGCACCAGUCUCUCUCUCUCUCUUCUCUCUAUUUGCUGCAGGAUUUCCAGUUUGCUCGGCUCUGCCCUGAAAAUGUGCAGGAUUCAAACAAAAUAUGAACUCCUUACAUUAAAUCAUGAUUUUUCUGACUGGGUUACAUAAAUCUAAGACUCAGAUUUGACUCGUUAAGCUGUUUGCAUUACUGUUCGUUGUAUUUGACAGAUUACAGACCUGCAAAGCCUCCACGCAGAUCUCCUCAUCACGGCCGCCACCAGCACCCCCAUCAGCCCAUCCCCCGUUUGGAGAGAGAGGAGAACCACAGGAACCUCCUCCCUCAGCCCUCACCUGGAAGUAUGUUCAACAUUUAUCCAUCUUAACCCCUUAAUCCCACUCUGAAGCUCAGCUCAGCUCAGGCCGAGCGAGGGACUGAAACGUCCUCAACAGGAUUCUGGGAUAUUUGGUUGGAUUGGAUGACUGAUCGGGGGGGGGGAAAUGUUUUAUGUUAGGUUGAUGUAGAAAGGCUUUAGUGUCAUUUGGAGAUAGUCGUGAAUUAAGCUGUAGAGAAAAAACUACGGAAACACAAAGCACCCUGUUUCUUCUCAAUCUUUAGAAUUUUUCCUGCAAUACAGCAAGUGACCACUAUGAUCAAGUGUCAGUGUUGUCAAAGGGAUAUUCAGUAUUUUAAAGUGAGCUUGUAUGAGUUACAUCUCCCUCUAAAGUCUGUGAAGUCUCUACUGAGAACAUUUUUAGCUCUUCACUGAGACAGAAGACCUUAGAUGACGGCUCUCCUUAAGAAUUAAAGCUACAAUUUCUAAGACAAAUUGCUUGUCUAGAGCAGGAUGUGAUCUCAGUUUAGAUCAAUCAUGAACAUGUCUGUAAGUGUCUUUUCUGUUGAUGGUGCAGAGCAUUGUGGGAAAUGUCUACGUGUGAAAGGUCGAAGGGAACGCCAGAAACAGUACUGCCAGAAGGACUUUGGUGAGUGAGACUUCGUGAUGCUGAUUUUGAACGACGUCAAACUGAGCUGAAUCACAUUUAAAUUUACACUAUUUUUUGCGUUUCCCAUCAGUUUUCCGCGGCAGAGUCCUUGGGAAGUUGUACCGAGGGGAGGAGACGCGGUACGACGUGCAGAUCAUCCACACGUACAGAAACGGCUUCCGUCUGGAGCAUCGGGAGUUCCUGUGGGUUCCUAAUGUGUGUGACUGCCCCCAUCUGGAGGUGGGGAGGCAGUACAUCCUGAUGGUGCGCCGUCACAUUAACUACGAGCACACGCUGAACCGCAUCCUGCUGGAGGAGGACAGCUACGUGGUGCCGUACAGACCCAGAGAGGACGAGCUGGUGCGACCGCUGGAGAGACUGUGUAACAACAGAGGACCGAGAAAACAGGGGGACCUGAGGGGCUGAGGGACUCACUGAGGGUGUGUGAGCGUGUGUGUGUGUGUGCGUGUGUGUGUGAGGGUGAAGCUUCAUUCACUUCCAGUGUUUAAUUUCCGAUGAACUCCGCCUGGACCACGGAGAGACGGUUUCACACUCAUUUGGACCGAACCAAAAGACUUGUUGUUUAUUUAAAAGCCUGAGCAGCUGACUGUACCACAGAGAGCACUUUAGGUGGAGGCGUGUUCCCACCUGUAAACACAAACCAAAGAGAAGAACAUUGACUGAAAUGAGCUUUUUGAUGUUUUUCACAGUCGUCAUGUCAUUUUUCUAACGGUGUAUUUUUGUGUUUGUGUGUGAACUGAAAGGAAAAGUCCAUCUCAAACUCCAACAAAACUUUUUCUCUGGAAACACUUGGACUAGUUGUUGAAGAUAAAACAAUAAUGUCAACCUCACAGCAUAUUCUCUCCGUUUUCAGCACUAAGUUUUGAGUUUAGGAGCGAAAAUAUCUGCCUCAGAGUAGACUCAUAUCGUAGAAAAACCCUGUGGACUGAUCUUAUAGUCAGGGUUAAGUACUCAAACCCUCCAGGUCCACACUGUCGCAUACGGCAUAAUAUUGUUGCGUUUACAUAACCAGCUCUAAAAAUAGUUCUGUUGUAAAAUCCACUCGUUUUGUGAGACCGGCAGCUUCUUACUCCAAAUUUUCACCGUGGCGAAAAAGGCUGUUGGCGCUGAUUGCCGCUGAUCGUUUCCAUUCAAGUUAAUGUGUCAAAUUCCACCGGCUUCAGCACAGAUUAACUUGAGCUGGAAAGGAAGUCGGGCACAGACAUAAAAUAAAACAUCCGGCUUCUUUUCGAAAUAAAAUACCACAUGUUUCAGGCAGAUCGUAUUUCACGCCAUGCAAACAUGGUUUGUUUAACAGAUAAAGAUAAAUAUUGCACUUACCCAUGGUAAAUUCCCAAUCUCCACAAAAGUGUCUGAUCUCCUGGUCUGGACAGAGUGGAUUUCCUCGUCUGGAAGGACAUAAUCUGCUGCUUCUAUGGUCAUAUGGUUGUCUUUAUAGAGACAACUCGUGAUGGCAUAUGAAUUCGCUGGUUCUUGCGAGUCCUUGCGAUCCGAAAUUUGCUUCACCAAUGCACCUGAUAGGAAUUGGUGGAUGGCGAAAAACGCUGUCGUUCUGUAUGCGGUGGAAAUUUGGGGUUAGUGUUUCAGGUGCUUCUCCAUCCAACAGAGAAGAUUUUCUGCGUCAGUGAAUUUUAGUCGGUUUUAUAAACCCCAAAAAACUCCUGACUGCAGCUUUAAUGACUAACCUAACGAGCACUCAUCAGCUGCCGAUCUGGUCUACUAAGAGGGUUUUUGCCACAGUGUCAGCAGGCAGAGAUGAAACAUAUCAGACUCCUUGUAUCAUCAGGUUGUUCCUAGUGUUUCUCUUACAGAUGAUGAUGAAUUAUCGUUGUCGUGGGGUUUUAACCAAUCAGAAUCAAGAUCUUAACUCAGCAGCUAAAUAAACAGUUUAAAAAACAGGCUGAACAAAGCAGCUCAGGACUCUGGGGUGGAUUUUUCUUUAGUUUUAACCUGAUAUAGUAAAAGUAUAUUUCCUCACUGUGUAUUUAUCGAUCAGAAAAAUUAAGCUUAAACCACAACUCACUUAUUUAACGUCUGUGUUUUUGCUGUUUUUUUCCUACCAUGUCUGUUUCGUGAUACUUUAUUUGAAUGAACUCUACAGUAUUUUCAUGUGUGGCACUAAUUAGCUGCAAAUAUACUACACUAUAAUUUGGCUUUAUUAUAAGAAAGCUUUGCCGUCUACUCCAUAAUAACAGUAAGUGACCUUUUGUGCCUUUUUGUGUAAUUUCACGUUUUGUGUCCGAACCUCCUCUAUGUGCCAAACUGUUUUUGUACAUGUGCAUAAAUCGUAUGAAAGGUUUUAAUCCACUCAUCUUCAGUGUAAUGUCAUGGUAGCUACAUGCUCACUAAAAUAAAUAUUCAGGUGUUAUUUUGGAUUAAA